AUGGCGUUUCAAUCGUACACGCCAAAGCCGGCCACGGAUCUAUUCACCUCUGACACCGAUAUCAAUCGACGAGAAUGUAGCCGCGUGGUGCCCAUGAAGAUACUGGCGUUGGGCUUGGGAAGGACCGGCACUGCAUCGCUUCGAAACGCGCUCAAGGAGAUUGGCUUCGACGACUGCUAUCACAUGCUGUCAGCAGCUGUGGAGAACCCACCAGAUUGUCUGAUGUGGUCGGAUGCACUGGCGGCCAAGUUUGAUGGCAAGGGUAGAUUUGGUCGUGAGCAAUGGGACCAACUCACUGGACAUUGUCAAGCCAUCUGCGACUGGCCUGCAGUAGCCUUUGCUCGAGAGCUGAUCGAAGCCUAUCCUGACGCCAAAGUCAUACUGACAACGAGGGAUGUCGAUAGCUGGCACGCUAGUACCCUGAGGACCGUUCAUUGGCGUGCUACCGAUCCGGAGCUGGAAAUGAUCUCAAAGUUCGAUUGGGCGGCUGGCCUCUAUCAGCCGAUGAUUUCCAAGUUCUGGGACGUCUUUUGGGAAGGCGACUUCGAAAAGAAUGGCAAGCGACGUUUCCGGGAGCAUUACGAAGAAGUGCGUGCGAUGGUACCAAAGGAAAAUCUGCUCGAGUAUCGAAUGGGUCAAGGCUGGCAGCCUCUGUGCGACUUCCUUCAAGUGCCUAUGCCCAUCAAAACCAAGUUCCCGCAUGUGAACGACACGGACGGAUUCGUCGAACGGUGCCGACGGCGUAAUCGCGCGCAGCUAAUGAAUGUCUUGUUACGGAUGGCAGUAUUGGGAAUCACCUUGAUCGCAGUUGUGCUCGGAGCGGGCAUAACUGUGAAUUUGCUCUUCGGCGACAUCUUGCGGGUGUUGUGA